UUCAACUGAGAUGGGCUCUGCACAAAAUUCCCGCGCCCUCGCCUUUGCCGCGUUAAUGGAAGCCUUCAAAAAGCUUCUCUUCCCCCCGGGUUCGUGCUCCGACUCUCAUCAAUCCCAAGGGAGCGGCGGGCGGCUAGCGGCGAUCGUUUCUUGAUCGGAUCAGGAAUAAUGCUGGGGAAAGUGAGGGCAUCGUCGAUGAGCUCGCUGGAACAGCUGGAGAUGGAAAGGCCGCCCUCCAAGGUCGUCAAGCACGAUUCCCUCUCCAUCUACGAAUCCACCCUUCUCAAACUUAAACAAGGUUCUCGUUGUAAUCCAAGUUGUAACCAAGAAGAUCCCGCCGCGAUGGACACAUGCUCCAUCACCGGCUCUCCUGAGACUGUUAAGCUGAGUAAUGCCAGCUGCAGCUCAGCCGAAUCAUGUACAACUCCUAGUCCUAGUUUUCAAUCUACGGAAUCUUCUGAAGAGUCGCAUAGUCAGAACAAGUCCAUCUUGUAUUUCUUUUCAAAAUACAAGAACUCAAAGGAAGCGCCGAAGAUCUCAAGUGGCAGUGAAGCAAUGGCUGUCGAGGUUUUAGAUUAUUACCCUUCUUCAUGCAGCAUUUCGACUGCAUCCAGAGGUUGAAUCCUGAAUUACUUGGAAACUGUUUCGGGUAUCGGGUUCAUCUUCUAGGUUCAAGAAAUCUAUUUGAAGGAGGCUAAUAGUGUUUCACUUCAACAGCCCACACUUCAGAUUGCUGGGAUAUGUUGUAAACCACUAGUCUUGUUCGAUGUGUUAUUCUAUAUUGUUAGUUUUUCGAUAUUUUUCACGAUUGCUGUGCUGGGGUGUUGUGUACUGCCCAUACACUUUGUAAUUGAUCUGAUUGUGCAACAGGAAUAGGAUUCAGAACAAUGAGACAUUGAUCCAACAAGAACUUAGAUAAGCACUAGAGAAUACAAUGAAGAUGUAAGAAAUCCAGAUUCUCUGCUGAAUAAUUGGAUAUAAUAUAUUUUGUUUGUCCUUCAAAUGACUUUCUUAUAGUGUUAAGUGUCAACACAUGUUUGUGAUUCAGUAAAUUUAGACAAUUGCUAAAGAGAUUUCCUGUUCAAUAUGUAAGUAAUCAAUAACUCUAC